UCUCGUGCCCCCUGUGUGGACAAACAGCUCGUGGUGGGAAGACACAACGCUCAGAUGCCACCGUCAAGAGUCAUCUUCUGCUGAUGUCCACAAGAAGGUGGUCCUACGAUCGCGCUGUGGUCAUCUGCAUCUACACCUGCCAUCUGUCCGCUAACUUAAGGAAGACUUUGUUCCUCUGAGGGACCAUCUCUGCCUGAUUGAAAGCAGCUUCUCGAAUAUCAGCACUAAAGCAGAACGGUGGAAACUCCCCCUUUCCCCCUCCGGUGCACCCUCUUUUCACCUUCCCCGUUGUUCCUACCAGCUCUUUGUGCUUCAGGUGUGCGCCCAGGCCGUGACUAGUGAUGGGGGACUGGAGCCUCCUGGGGAAUUUCCUAGAGGAAGUCCAGGAACACUCCACUUCGGUCGGAAAGAUUUGGCUCACCAUCCUCUUCAUCUUUCGUAUCCUGGUGCUGGGCACGGCGGCAGAGUCCUCGUGGGGGGACGAGCAGAGCGAUUUCCUCUGUGACACCCAGCAACCAGGUUGCACCAAUGUGUGCUAUGACAGGGCUUUCCCCAUCGCACACAUCCGCUACUGGGUGCUGCAGAUUGUCUUUGUCUCUACGCCCUCCCUCAUCUACAUGGGCCACGCCAUGCACACGGUGCGCAGGGAGGAGAAGCGGCGAAAGAGGGAGCAGGAGGAGAGAGAGGCGAGAGGUGAAGAGGGAGGAGACCUGGAGGGGGAGAAGGAGUACCUCCAGCAGAAGGAGAGCGGAAAGGAGGUGGUUGCUGACGGGAGUGGCAGAGUUCGCCUGAAAGGGGCGCUGCUGCGGACCUACAUCCUGAGCAUUUUAAUCCGUACAAUGAUGGAGGUGACCUUCAUUGUGGUGCAGUAUCUUAUCUAUGGGGUGUUUCUUGAUGCGUUGUACCUAUGCAAGGAAUUGCCCUGUCCCAAUCCGGUUAACUGCUACAUGUCACGGCCCACGGAGAAGAAUGUCUUCAUCGUCUUCAUGCUGGUGGUGGCCGGCGUUUCUCUGCUGCUCUCUGUGUUGGAGCUCUACCAUCUCGGCUGGAAGAGCAUGAAGAAGUGCAUACACAAAAAGAUGAUGCAAAAGAGCAAGCAGAGAGCUGUGACGGUAGCGGUGUCUGCAGCGUUGGAGUCCAACACCUCACCACAACCCUCAGUCUCCUGCACCCCACCUCCUGACUUCAACCAGUGCCUGACAGCCCCCGCCUCCAUAAACCGCAUGACCGCCAUUACCUCUCAUCCCUUCAACACCAGAAUGGCACUGCAGCAGAACUCAGCCAAUCUGGCAACUGAGCGACAUCGUAGCUGCGACAACCUGGAGGAUGAUGAAGACUUCCUCAGGAUGAGAUACAACCAGGUACCAACAGACCUGCCCAAUAACUGCUCGCCAUUGCCUCUGCUACACUCAGUGUACUUGAAGGACAAACGGCGCCUGAGCAAGACCAGCGGGACCAGCAGCAGGGCUCGCCAAGAUGACCUGGCAGUAUAAAUUCACAAAGUGUGGUGGAUGAGGAAGAGAGGAAGAAGGGCUGGACCUUCGGAAGUAAUGUGUGUCUGGGAGAUAGAUCUCUGUGAUGGAGGCAUGAGCUGAGGCUAACUAUGCACUGUAGCACCAAGGCCUGACACUUGAGCACAUGUGAUGAGUGGAUAAUGUGAACUUGACUUGUGUGAGCUUUGUGUCCUAGAGCUCUAAAAAAAACUGCAAAACAAGCUGUAAAGGAGAAUAAUGAGAACAGAGUAACAGGUUUGACACCUGACUAUUGCACAUUAGGAGUAGAGAGUCCUUUAAUUUUAAACCAGUUAACUACAGAUUAGCCGAUUUUUGUCACACACAAAUGCAAAAAAAAGAAAAAAAGAUUUGCAAUAAAUAAAGACAAGAUCGCAGUAUGCUAGAAACUGUGAAGCUCUUUGAUAAAGUGCCUUAUCAAGCGUCAGAAAUAUCUAUUUCCUUAUGACAUUGUUUUUGUAAUUAUUUAAAAGCCACGGUAGAGACUGUCAUUUAAACCACUUGUUGACCUGAUUGCACUAUACCUGCAGGCAAACAUAAAAACGUAACUCGGAAAUAAUAGCACUGCAAUCUCAAAGCCUGUCAGUGAAGUCAGUCCUAUACUAGUCAGAAGUCUUCUGUGCACAGAAAUGAGAGAAUGUAGCCUUUUACAGGAUUUUCUUUUUGAAGGUCCCUCAAAGAAAAAGCAAGCGGUCCUGCUUGGAUGUUGUUAUGAAUGGAUUCAGCCACUAGGUGGCAACAAUGCACUAGCGUUUCCCCUUUUCUCUCCCGGAGCCAUUGUGUUAAAAGUGUGUUCCUAAGAAAUGUGUGAGUCGGUUGGUGUCUUUGAAUGUAUUGUUCUUGUAGCACAGUAACUGUGCGGGUAGUUCAUAACCAUGUUGUGAAUAUACGUCUUUACAAGUGGAAGAUGAUUUUUUAAAAAUAUAUACAUGUAUAUAUAUAUAAACAUAGCAUAAUAUUUGAAGAACUGUCCAUCCUGCUGUACAUCCACUGCAGUCUUUGGUUAUUUCACACAGACAUUUAUGCAAUAACUGUCAUCGCAAACCCACAACAAAUUAAUAAAUCAUCAGCUGUACAAUCUG